UUCUUUGCAAUUUGUUGAGCGAUGUCCAGAAAUAUUUUUCCAAUGAUCUAAUACUCGAUUCGUCAAAAGAAUGAAUUCCUUCUCUGGCGAAAAUAAAGAUCGGAGGAGACGUGUGAUUUUAGCACGUGACAAUCUCAUUAAUUGGUACACAAUUAGAUAUGGACGCAUUCGUUGAAAAUUCGAUGUUUCUUUUUGUGGACGACUCAGAACCCAUCUUCCGAUCCACCGAAUACGACAAUACAGGCAGGGUUGUGGAAUUGGCAGACGUUGGCUGCGAUACGGAAACCACGUUUCCCAUACAUUUUCCACGUGAUGCGUUUGAUCGACGUCGCGGAGGAGCUGAAAGCCUCGGAUCGACUCGCAGAAUCACCAAAUGGCUCAACGACAGACCGAAUGAAUUUACUCGAAGAGUUAGCGACAUAAAUAAUGAUGACGACAGAAAUGGGAAUUACAUCCGAGGGAAAACGCGGCAACACGUACGCAAUUACGAUGACGAGCCUGAUGCGGAUUUCAACAAUUCGUAUUCGGAGAAUCCUUAUGAUGAUUUCGAACUAUCGAAAAACAAUUUCGCAGUUGAAGAAGAUAAUUAUACUCAAUUUGUAAAUCCCCAAAAUGCAAUCGCGCGUUCUCAUAAAGAAUGUGUCUCGCGAUAUGAUUACUUGAUUGAUCGCGAUAGAUACUUGAGAAAUCUCGAGUCUCCAUUCAUGCAAAGUAUUCAUAUACCUCUAAGGAAGAAUAUUUCUCCGCGAUGGCUUGCCGAGAGCGAUAAAAAGAAUCUCUGCGAAAUUCACGAUACCGAUAUUCAAUCUGGUGAACGCAAAAAACGAACAAAAAUUCUUUCGAAAAACGGAAGCUUCAAUCGCGAAGCGGAAUUCGAGCAGGCUCGCGAAAUAGCGAUGCAUCGCGAACAAGAUAAUCUUCCCAAUGUCGUUGACCCUGUCGCAUCUUCAAAACAAAUGUUUUGGGAUUAUGUUUCAUUCGAAAACGAUUCAGAAUGUGAAGAAACAACUUUUUACAAUCCAACGAAGACAAAAAAUCACGGCGGGUUGCAGAAAAUGACACCGCGCAGGAGAAGAUCGUACAUCUUCAAUUCACAACCGAAACGCAUAGAUGUUGUUGAUUCGGAAGGAGAAGAGUUCAAUGAAACGGUUAAAAAAAACAAUCGAGAAAACUUGUCGCCCAAGAUUCCAAUAAAUAGCGAGAGUUAUCGAACUUCGAAAGGUGAUGCAAUGAAAGAGAAACCCAAGAUUUUACGAUUAAAUACACCGAACGCGAAUUCUUCACGAAAUCAAUCGAUGAGAACAUCCGUUGAUGAACAAAUUUCGAACAUGUAUUUUACAGCAAAAGGUUCAAUUAACAUGAGGCCGCAUUCAGCAACCGAAGGGAAGAAAAAUAAAUUUUCAACGAUCGAGAGGAAAGAAGAAAUUAUAAAUACGACUGGAAUGACUGUCGACAAUCAUCGAUACCGCAACAAAUUCGUCAACAAGCUUUCCAAUAAUUCUCCCAAGAAAACUAGUCGUUUGACAAGAAUGUUUAAUCGCAUCGCAGACUCGUCGGGCAAUAGACAGAUAGAAAUGGAAAACGAAAGAGAUAACAUAAAUUUUCAUCGCGGAAAUAGUAAAAUAGAUCAGAUCAAUGUGACUGUCUCACAUUUGCUUUGA